AUGGCCGCUCUUGAAGGUGGGAAUAGACGCUUUUUCUACACCUUCUCUCCUGGAAUAGCUGCACAAUUUGUUGCCAUUAUAAUACUUUGCGUUACACUUCCAAGGUUGGGUAUCAAUGUUAAAUUCAUUGAAGGUGAUGAUCCAGAAGGAUUCAUCAAAUUGAUUGAUGAAAAAACGAAAGCCAUUUACCUUGAAUCUAUGGGUAAUCCGAAAUUUAUCAUUCCGGAUUUCGAAGUUAUCUGUAAGGUUGCACACGAUGAGAAUACCGGCAUAUCAUGGAAGAAUUUAUUGGAACAAAUUUGGGUAUGGUUGAAAGCGCGUGCAGAAAUAUUACGUGAUGUAGGACCUUGUCAAAAUCCUUUUGGAUCAUUUUUGUUAUUACAAGGUCUUGAAGCUUUAUCAUUAAGAGUUCAUAGACAAACUGAAAAUACUUUGGAAUUGGCAAGAUGGUUAGGAUCAAGGGAUGAUGUUUUGUAUGUUUCAUGA